CAUGGUUCAACGUAGCCGUGCAAAAUCGCACUGUGCGAAGGAUUGGCCAUGUGCCUCAUAGCUGCCCGUGUAUGGACCUAGGUUGUAUCGAAGGAAAGAAAUGCAAUUGCGAUUCAAGAGCAAUCACAAGUGAUUCGGGUUAUCUACAUGGAGAAGAAGCUGGCAUAACGCGAGUCGUCGCUUUACAUAAUGAUGGUGACGUUAGUGGUAAAUUCACAAUAGGCCCACUAGAGUGCGAAGGAUUUGCUGGACGAGGACCAAUUCGCUUCGCCAAAGCGCAAGCUCUGACGGUUCGACAAUGGAAGGGCGAACCAUUGUCGCUACACUUCCGCACAGCGGACGCAUCGGCUACCAUCCUUUCCGUUGUUGACGAUGAGGAGAAAUCCCUAAGAGUAGAGCUUAUCAAUGGUCACAUGAUCCGCGUAACGCUGAUCAAUUCUAGUGCAACAGUUGAAUCUCAAGCACGAUUGAAUGACACAAAAUGGCAUUUGUUGAAUCUCGAAUUUGCAAAUGAUGAAGUUCGUAUUGGAGUUGAUGCUCAUAACGUCUUUGCUCCGGUUCCCAGUGAUAACAUUCCAGAAGGAGAUCUGACGCUGAACGAUGAUGAGAAUGGCUUCACAGGUUGUCUCAGAUCUCUAAUGGUCAAUGACAACUAUGUUCAUUUGCAGGGGCUUGCACACGGU